AUGGUCAAUUUCAUCGAUGGUCAGGCAAUUAUCAGGGAAAUAUGGAUUAUUCCAGGUGGCAUUUCCUCUUCUUCUGACGAAGUCACUUCAAAACUGAGCGUUACGUCACCAGGGUCAUUUUUGCUCGAGUUCUUUGUGAACAAUCUUGGCCGUCCGAAAACUUGUACAUUUGAAAGGCUUGGAAGCUUGGAAUGCCAUGGGGAUUGCGAAUCAAGGUUCUGCCCUUCUUUGCUUCUAAGGACUGAUAAGCUGCUCAUCAAGGGCACGUACGCAACGGUUACAGUUGCAGUCAUUGGCGAGGUAUGGCGAAAUGAAGGCGCUGCGUCGUGCAGUCCUUCGACGGUGUCCAAGCUCGCCGGGGAUGUGGUUCCAACUCCGGCUCAUAAGAUGGCGAUCGCCGGUGUUCCACUGUCUUCCCCCGCUUCUUCGUCGACGCAAAAGGUAACGACUGCACUGCCGUCCAGUUGGUCUUCACCGGUCAUUCAGUUGGGGACAGUCAUUGCUCCGUUCGAUCCGCGAGUACCUCCGCCCGUUAUUCCGGCCGCUCAGACCGGACCACCAAUCGCUAUCGUUCCAAGCCAGUCAUCAUACCCGCCUCAGAUCCAACAGAUCUCAUCAGUAAGCUGCGGUACCAUUUUAUUGCCGCCGGCGUUUGACCCAACGCGACCUCCGCCGGUGUUCAUUAAAAAAGUUGGUCUCCGUUCUGAACGUGCACCCCACACGGGAACACAAAAACUUUUGAACAAGAAACCGGCGCAGCUGAAACCUAGCUCAAAGCAUCUCACUGAAGGAAAACCGAUUCAGACUGUGAGCACCGUAAAACCGGUGGCUUCUUUGCUGGUUGGUCAUCAACAAAACUUGACUUUCCGAGCAACAAUCGACUCGGCUGACGAAGAUUACGAAGCGUCCGAAGAUUCACAAGAUAAGUUCGAUAUCGAAAAUAUCAGUGAAGACGAAGACGGGUUCGAAUUUGAGGGAUUGGAUUGGGAGGUGGUGUAA